AUUAAAUUCUCCUUUUUCUGGAUCCUUUUCUCUGCAGGCUUGAGAUGUCCUCAUGGCAUCACCUGCCGCUCUUUUCACACCAGCAGCAGGUCGGCAAACAAGCAGGACUUCUAUGAAGUCUUGGGUGUCUCUCGCACCGCGACACAGAAAGACAUCAAGAAGGCGUACUACCAGUUGGCGAAGAAAUACCAUCCAGACACCAACCCAGAUGACCCAGAGGCCAAAGAGAAGUUUGCCAAGCUGGCUGAAGCCUAUGAGGUGCUGAGUGACGAGGUGAAGAGGAAGCAGUAUGACACAUACGGAGCGGCGGGCUUUGACCCGAGCCGUGCUGGGGCAGCAGGCCAGCAGUACUACAGGGCCGGGGGGAGCAAUAUAAACCCCGAGGAGCUCUUCAGGAAGAUCUUUGGAGAGUUUACAGGAGGAAUGGGCUUCGGAGACAUUCACAACAUGUUUGAACAAAGACCCGAGUUUGUGAUGGAGCUUACGUUUUCAGAGGCAGCGAAGGGUGCGAAUAAGGAGCUGACUGUGAACAUUGACGACACCUGCCCGAGGUGUGACGGCAAAGGCAACGAGCCGGGCACCAAAGUGUCUCACUGUCAAUAUUGCAACGGCACCGGCAUG